AAAGGUCACUACUCUAAGGAAUGUGACUUGCCUCCUAAAAAGAGAAAAGAUGCAAAUAUAGUCGAAGUUUAUUUUAAUCUUGAUUCAGAAUAUGAAGAAGAAGAUUAUGAAAAGAUUUAUGCUACUUCAAAAGUAAGGGUUACUCCAUAUAUUACUAACAGAAGGGAUGUCAAAGAAAAAAGUAAAAGGAUGUCUGAAUCUCAACAAGAAAUGAGAUUGAGAAAUAGAAAUAUAAGUAAACCAAUUCCUUUUACCACUUUGAUGAAUAUUAAAGAAGGGAUUUCAACUCGAAAGGGUAAGAAACCUUGA